GACCGGCUCCGCAGCGGCGGCCGCAGCUGCAGCCGACGCCGCCGGUUGCAGCGCCGGCGCUGAUGCCUCCUGCGGUGGCCCGGCAGGGAAGAUGGCGCCGUCCCACGUCCUCAAGUGUUGCCAGAGGGUGUUGGCCUGGGUGCCCGUGGCCUUCAUCGCCCUGGUCGUGGCCUGGUCCUACUACGCCUACGUGGUGGAGCUGUGUGUGUUUACUAUUUCUUCAACUGCAGAAAAAGUUGUCUACCUUGUGGUUUUUCAUCUGUCAUUUUUCAUGUUUGUGUGGUCCUAUUGGAAGACAAUUUUCACAUCUCCUGCAUCCCCAUCUAAUGAGUUCUGCUUGUCAAAAGCUGAUAAAGAACAAUAUGAAAAGGAAGAGAGACCAGAAUCCCAGCAGGAGAUUUUGAGAAGAGCUGCUAAAGACUUGCCUAUCUAUACGACAACAGCAUCGAGAGCAAUCAGAUACUGCGAUCGAUGCCAGCUAAUCAAACCUGACCGCUGCCACCAUUGUUCUGCAUGUGACAUAUGUGUACUAAAAAUGGACCACCACUGUCCCUGGGUGAAUAAUUGUGUGGGAUUUUCUAACUACAAAUUCUUCCUCCUGUUUUUAAUGUAUUCCUUACUGUACUGUCUAUUUGUUGCUGCUACAGUCUUGCAGUACUUCAUAAAGUUUUGGACAAAUGAAUUGCCAGAUACACAUGCAAAAUUCCAUGUCCUGUUCCUUUUCUUUGUGGCAGCCAUGUUCUUCAUCAGCAUACUGUCCCUCUUCAGCUACCACUGCUGGCUAGUUGGCAAAAACAGAUCAACCAUAGAAACAUUUCGUGCACCUACAUUUCGAAAUGGCCCUGAUAAAAAUGGCUUUUCUCUUGGAUGCAGCAAAAAUCUCAGGGAGGUUUUCGGAGAUGAGAAGAAAUACUGGUUAAUCCCUAUCUUUACCAGUUUGGGUGAUGGGUGUAAUUUUCCAACUCGUUUGGUGAUUAUGGAUCCAGAGCAAGUUACUGUCCCAAGCCAAAAUGAAUCUGCCAAAAGCUCUGGAACCAAUCAGUCCUUUCCUACUCGACCACUCAGUGAAUCACAAAAUCGAUUGCUAGCUGGUGAUUGUCAGUGGGUGGAAAGUGGCCCCGAAGAGGAAAGUGUUAAAACAGGUGCAAAAAAGCAUAUUAUAGUUUCAUUGGAAAGCUGAUCUCAGCUUAUUACUAACCAACCAUCUCAGUGAAAAACAGGUUUCUGCAACACAUUUUGAGCUUGAAUAUUACUUAAUUUUGUUUGGAAGAAGUUGAUCAGUGAAAAUGGACCGUGUACAUUUUAGGAAGAGACAAGAAAUUCAAGUUUCUGCACAGUACAAUGGAUUCAUGUAAGCACUAUUGCAGAGCAGGGAAGUUAAGACAUGCCUUAAGAUUCUUAAUGUGCAUUUAUGCAACACUGAAUUAUAUAUUGCUACCAAAGGGCCAAAUCCUGAAGUGCCCUGCUUGGAUGCACAAGGUCCAGAGUGGGAACUAUGCAUUUCUGUUAUGCUGCAGUGGUGAGGGUAGAUUGCAGAGACUACUACCUCCCCAUGGGCAAACUUCAUACCUUAGGGACUGCAGAAGUCACUUCCAUAGCCAGUAUCCAGUGUACAGAAAGAAAGAAAAAAGGGAAAGAGGAAAAAAAAUUAAAA